CAGCAGCUGAUCCGCGCCGUCGCUCCCUGACAGAGAGGGAGGGGAAGAGGGGAGGCUGGUAACCGGGGCUGGAACGGGGAUAACCUGCAGCCUCCGUCUCUCGGAUGCUCUGAUGGAGUGAACCGGCGACGAUGCGCCUUUCCGUCCUUCCUCUGUCCGUCAUGGAGACGGUUUAUCUGGCAGCUCAUUGAAUCCUGGGCCCGGAGGUCGGAGGUCAAACCUGCACUUCUCCCUCCUCACCCCCUACACCCUUACCUCACCCCUUCCCCUCCCCAACCCUGCCACCCUCCACCGUCUCCCCACUUUUUUCUCUCACUCACGAACCCACCUUCUCCCCCUCUCCACCACCACCACCACCACCACCACAACACUGAGAGAGAACCUCCACAGCCAGCAGGAGUCGUGCGUUUCCUCGCUCAGGUGUGACGAGCCUCAGAUCCGGGAGUCAAGAUGAUGUGCGAGGUGAUGCCCACCAUCUCGGAGGACGGGCGCGGAGGAGGCGGAGGCGGCGGCUCGUCCUCCCCGGCCGGCGGUGGAGGAGGAGGGAUGGGUGGUGGGAUGGGAGGCAUGGGGGGCUACGGAAGCCGGGACCCCAGAGGAGGAGGAGGAGGAGGAGAUGAAGGAGGAAGCACCGGGAACCUGGAAUCUCUGAUGGUGAACAUGCUGACGGAGAGGGAGCGUCUGCUGGAGAGUCUGAGGGAGACGCAGGACAGCCUGGGGACGGCACACCUCCGCCUCCGAGAGCUCGGCCACGAGAAGGAGUCGCUCCAGAGACAGCUGUCCAUCGCUCUGCCACAGGAGUUUGCAGUGCUGACCAAAGAGCUGAACCUCUGCCGGGAGCAGCUGCUGGAGAGGGAGGAGGAGAUCGCCGAGCUGAAGGCAGAGAGGAACAACACACGACUGCUGCUCGAACAUCUGGAGUGCCUGGUGUGCCGCCACGAGCGCAGCCUGAGGAUGACGGUGGGGAAGCGGCACGCCCAGUCUCAGGCCGGCGUCUCCAGCGAGGUGGAGGUCCUUAAAGCCCUCAAGUCGCUGUUCGAGCACCACAAAGCCCUGGACGAGAAGGUCCGGGAGAGGCUGCGGGUGGCUCUGGAGAGGGUGGCGGUGCUGGAGGAGGAGCUGCAGUCGUCCUCUCAGGAGGUUGUAUCUUUAAGGGAGCAAAUCAAACGGCGGCAGCAGGGACUAGACAACGGCAAGGAGCGGCUCCCUAACGGACCGUCCUCCAUCUUGGACGACGGCGACAUCGACCGGCAGCGGGAGGGUGAGAUCGAGCGCCAGAGGUCAGAACUGGGACAGCUGAAGGAGCGACUGGCCCUCAUGUGCCGACAGGUCGGGGAGAUCGAGGAGCAGCUGACGUCAGCCCGGCGGGAACUCGCCCGGUCAGAGGAGACCAACCAGAAGCUGCAGAGGGACGUGAAGGAGGCGCUCUGUCAAAGGGAAGACAUGGAAGAGAGAAUCACCACAUUAGAACGCAGGUACCUGAGCGCCCAGAGGGAGGCGACGUCUCUCCACGACAUAAAAGACAAACUGGAAAACGAGUUGGCCAGCAAGGAGUCCCUCUACAGACAGAGUGAAGAGAAGAACCGGCAGCUUCAGGAGCGUCUGGAUGAUGCCAAGCAGAAGCUGCAGCAAACCCUGCAGAGGGCCGAGACGCUGCCGGAGAUCGAGGCCCAGCUGGCCCAGAGAGUGGCGGCACUCAACAAGGCGGAGGAGCGUCAUGGCAACUUUGAGGAGCGACUGCGACAGAUGGAGGCGCAACUGGAGGAGAAGAACCAGGAGCUCCAGAGGGCGAGGCAGAGGGAGAGGAUGAACGAUGAACACAACAAGCGUCUCUCCGACACUGUGGACAAGCUGCUGUCGGAGUCCAACGAGAGGCUGCAGCUCCAUCUGAAGGAGAGGAUGGCGGCGCUGGAGGAAAAGAACGCUCUAUCUGAGGAGCUGUCCAACAUGAAGAAACUCCAGGAUGAUCUAUUGGCAAACAAGGACCAGCUGAUAGCGGAGCUGGAGAGGAUUCAGCUGGAGCUGGAUCAGCUAAGAGCGAGGCCCGGGGGCUCCUAUUCCAGUCGCUCUCUGCCAGGUAGCGCUCUGGAGUUGAGGUAUUCCCAUGGAGGCGGGUCCCUCCCAGCAGGCUCCACCACUCACCUGGAUCCCUUCGGUAACGCUUCUGCUGGGGGCGUGGUCAGGCGAAGUCACCACGCCCGCUGGAGCUCCGCCCGCGAGGACUCCACCAAGUACCCAGACUGGGAGAGCGGGGCUCUGCUGGGGACUGGGUUCGAGCCGGGCAUGGAUGUGGGCUGCUCCGACGACGAGGACGACGGCGAUCAUCGCUUCGGCUCGGAGCUGCUGUCGCCCAGCGGACAGACUGACGUGCAGACCCUGGCCAUCAUGCUGCAGGAACAGCUGGAGGCCAUCAAUAAGGAGAUCAAAUUGAUCCAGGAGGAGAAGGAGAACACGGAGUUGCGGGCCGAGGAGAUCGAGAGUCGGGUCAGCGUGGCGUUGGACAGCCCACCCAUCCCUCCGUCCUCCCUGGGCAGAGACAGCACAGGACGAGGCUUCAUCCCCUCGUCCAUCACUUCCUCCACCCUGGCCUCCCCCUCACCCCGCUCCGGACACUCCACCCCCCGCCUGCCUCACUCUCCGGCCCGGGAGACCGACAGACAGAACAGCAAAGAGGAUGAUCGGUCCCUCGCUCUUCUCGACUCUACGCCUCCUCCCACUCCUCGCGCGCUGCGAUUGGACAGGAUGACCCUCACCCAUCCAGGAGCGAUGCUCGACGACCCUCGAGAGUUUCGCAGUCUCUCGGCAGAUGGCAGCAGCUCCAACAGCAGCCAAGAUUCUCUCCACAAGUCCAGUAAGAAGAAAAGCAUCAAGUCUUCCAUCGGUCGGCUUUUUGGGAAGAAGGAGAAGGGAAGGAUGGGCCAGCCCGGUCGGGAUGGAUCUGCUUCUCUGGCAUCUACACCCUCUGAAGAUCUGGCCUCUGGAGACCCGAUGGGGAUGAACAAGACGGGAACUUUGGGUCCAGCUGAUAAAGAUCGCCGCAGCAAGAAGAAGCAUGAGCUGCUGGAGGAAGCAUGUCGCCAAGGACUUCCCUUUGCAUCCUGGGACGGACCUACUGUUGUAUCCUGGUUGGAGCUGUGGGUGGGAAUGCCGGCCUGGUACGUCGCCGCCUGCCGUGCCAACGUGAAGAGCGGCGCCAUCAUGGCCAACCUGUCCGACACGGAGAUCCAGCGGGAGAUCGGCAUCAGCAACCCGCUGCACCGCCUCAAACUGCGUCUGGCCAUCCAGGAGAUGGUGUCGCUCACUAGCCCAUCAGCUCCGGCCAGCACUCGAUCUUCGACCAGUAACGUUUGGAUGACCCACGCUGAGAUGGAGUCCCUGAACGCAGCCACCAAGCCUCCGGUUAAGCUGAAGGAGUUCAGCUGGGAUCAGAUACUGGCCUACGGCGAUAUGAAUCAUGAGUGGGUUGGCAACGACUGGCUGCCCAGCCUGGGCCUGCCACAGUAUCGCAGCUACUUCAUGGAGUCCCUGGUGGACGCCCGCAUGCUGGACCACCUGACCAAGAAGGAGCUGAGAGGACAGCUCAAGAUGGUGGACAGCUUCCACAGGUAGAGACAGGACUCGCGUGUUGUCUUGCAUUAUGGCAUCAUGUGCCUGAAGCGCCUGAACUACGAUCGUAAGGAGCUGGAGAGGCGGCGAGAGGAGAGCGUCCACCAGAACAAAGAUGUGAUGGUUGGGUCCAACGAACGUGUCAUGUGCUGGGUGCAGACGAUCGGUCUGAAGGAAUACGCCGACAUCCGUGAGAGCGGCGUCCACGGAGCUCUGCUGGCUUUAGAUCGACACAUCGAUUACACCGACCUGGCGCUGCUGCUGCAGAUCCCCAAUCAGAACACACAGGCCAGACAGCUCCUGGAGCAGGAAUACAACUCGCUCAUCUCCAUGGGAACAGAGAGACGGCCUGAUGAGGAUGGAACUAAGACGUUCACCCGCUCGCCCUCCUGGAGGAAGAUGUUUAGGGAGAAGGACCUCCGGGGCGUGACCUCCGACUCUGCCGAGACCCUGCCUGCUAACUUCCGUGCCUCAGCCAUCUCCACGCCCUCCGUUACCCUGAGAAAGGUCCAGAGUGAUGCCAGCUCUGGAGCCCGGGGUGAAUCUGCCUCAGUGAGGACGUACUCCUGUUGAGGGGCUGAGGGCGCCGACUGGAUUGGGACUAGAGGAUCCUCUCGCUCAUUAUCCACGGAGAAAGAAGCAAUGAAUAUAUCCAUUUAACUUAAAAAUAAAUCUAUCAGUCUGACCAUUCUGCAAUAACAGAAGCAAAGGAAUGAAAGAGGGAAAAUUAAGAACGUAUGAAUGUAUUUUUCCGACCAGAAAAGUGGGAUCUGCUGUUUUCUCUCUCCGUCUCUCUCCUCCUGUCUGUGAAUUAAAGGAAAAACGCCGACGUUGGUCA